AUGCUGUUCAACCAAGUCACCGCCAUCCUCGGCUUCGCCGUCAGCUUCGCCUCGGCCGUCAACAUCAAGUUCUACGCCGGCUCGCGGAGCUGCUCGGGCUCCUAUGUUGUUUGUAGCGACAUCGCCGCCAACAGGUGUUGCUGGGCCAGCACCAACUUCGGAAGCAUCCGCUUCGACGGCGGGUCGGGCACCAGAAACCUCCGCGGCUUCGUCAACGGCUGCGACAACAUCAUCAUCAGUCAGAAUGCCGGUUUGCCGUUCUGCAUGUCGCGUGGCGACGGCGGCAGCCUGAACGGCGGUGUGUGGCGCGCCGCGUCGCUGCUCAGGCGCGGGCCGGAGGAGGAGAGCUGCCCCGCCAGCCAGGGAGGCUGCAAGGAGACGGCCAAGCCCGACAAGGUGGUCCUCGCCGAUGGGGCCGAGUACGACGUCAAGGAUUUGGAUGAUGCCAACGUCGAUCUCACCCUCAGCGAGGCCGUUGCCGCCGCCAAGGACGUCCCAGAGGAGUUCCAGGCCUUGCGUAUCGCUUCUUAG